AUGUUCGGUAACGGAGGGUUAGCUCUCCCGGUCUGCUCCUUCCUGCUGCUGCAGCUCCCGCUUCUCCCGCUGGCGAACAACUGGCCCGUUAAGGAGGAGGUGUUUCAAUGGUGGGGGGAGUGGUCCAGUUGGUCUUCUUGUUCCAGGAGCUGUGGAGGAGGAGUGAGGAGUCAGGAAAGACACUGUCUCAUACAGAGGCUGUCAACCACACAGAACAACAGCUCAUACUGUGUUGGCUCUCCUAAACAGUACCAGCUCUGUCCAAACCAGCCCUGUCCCAGCCCCAGUGUUAGCUUCAAACAGCACCAGUGUUCCCAAUUUAACUCCAAAGCCUUUGGAAGAAGAUACUACCACUGGGUACCUCUUUACCCAGCUGAUUACAUCAGCAUCUCCAAUAAGCCAUGUGACCUGCAGUGUACAACCAUCAGUGGUGAGCGACAGCUCCUAGUUCCUGCCCAUGAUGGUACAUUCUGCCGGGAUACUAAAUACCAUGGCGUCUGUAUAGAGGGAAUAUGUCAGCCUGUAGGAUGUGAUGGGGAGCUGUACAGCAGUAAGGCAGUGGAUAGAUGUGGAGUGUGUGGAGGCAACGGGGCGUCAUGCCAGCGCAUCUCUGGAUCAUACAGGACGGCACUCACACAGUUAGGCUAUGUGUUCAUCACCAAUAUCCCCGCUGGAGCCACUGACAUUCAGAUCAUAGAGAGACACAAGACUGAGAACAUCCUGGCCCUGUCGGACGAACACGGACAUUUCUUCUUUAAUGGAAAGACAUUGUUUGACAACCCACAAAACUUCCGUGUGGCAGGAACAGUGUUCAAAUACAGACGUCCAAGCAAUGUGUUCUCUGAUGGGCUGGAGUACAUCAUUGCACAGGGACCAACACUGCAGGGUCUCAAUGUUAUGUACUACAACUUGAAUGGGAAGCUCCCCCACAUCACCUACGAGUACACCAUCCCCCUCGAGUCUUAUGACAUCACUGCUGCAGAGGGUGCCACUACAAGCCCUGGCCACUCCCACCUUAACUUCACCUAUAAUGAGGUAAGUGAGGACAUAGGUGGGCAUCAUAUUAAGAACCACAGCAGGGCGUUUGUGACAUCUCACCAUCCCUACAACGCCCAGCUGGGAGCUGAUGACCAAUCAGAUAUACAGCUGUCGGAAGAAGAAGAGGAGGAGGAGGAAGUCGUGUGGGAAAUCAGGACGCCCAGCCCUCCACCGCCAGCGGCCAUGUUGGUCUACAGACCAGCCGAUCUCACCAGUCAUGUGUUCACCCACAAUGAUGUGGAAGAGCAGGGACCCCCUGCGCCAUCGGGUUACCGGAGUUCCUCCAAUUCAAUUGAUGAGCCGUCCACUGUGGAGGAAAACAAACUGGUGCUCUCUUUUCCAGGUAGUGUUCAUUCAGCAGCUCUGCCUGAAGAAGCCCCGUAUCUGCUGCUGGAGGAGCUACAAUACAACCAGACCCACUCAAACACACACACCCUCACACAGUCAAACAAAUACUCUGUGACACACACUCUCCCUGAGCCUCAUUCACCAGCAGAAACACAAGCGGAUACAUUGUCUUCCGCAGACUCAGAAACACACACAGACACACAGCUGGAAAAACACUCAGACCCACACUCGGUUACGCACACAGAAACAGAACUUGUCCCACACUCGGACUCACACACUGCCAUCUUGGUGCAGCUGCAGCAGGUGUCUGCAGUCCAGGCAGCCAACACAGAGAGCAAUGACUUUGAUGUGGGUCUAGAUCCAGAUAUUAGUCUGGCAGACAUGUAUCGCUGGAAGGUUUCUGCUUAUGCUCCGUGCAGCUCAACCUGUACAACAGGUAUCACCACUAGUUAUGCCCUGUGUGUCCGUUAUGAUGGAACUGAAGUGGACGACAGUUACUGUGACUCUCUGACUAGGCCAGAGCCCACCCAUGAGUUCUGCACCGGGAAGGAAUGUCCUCCAAGGUGGGAGACCAGUGGUUGGAGCGAGUGCUCUCGAACCUGUGGCGAGGGAGUGCAGUACCGCACUGUGCGCUGCUGGAAGAUGCUGUCGCCAGGUCUCGACUCCUCCGUCUAUGAUUCACUGUGUCUGGCACAGGACCUGCACAAACCUGCUAACAGAAAGGUCUGCCUCGGCCAGAGCUGUGGACCACAGUGGGAGGUGUCUGACUGGUCACAGUGCUCGGCACGUUGUGGCUCCCGUGGUGUUCGGACCCGGGAGGUUCGAUGCUCCAUGGAGAUGAGACUAUGUAACAAAUCCUCUCAGCCAAUAGAAAAUCAGGAGUGUGAGGGCCCGCCCUGUGACAGAAGAUGGACAGUUUCCGACUGGGGACCUUGCUCAGGUGUGUGUGGAGAGGGAAGGAUGGUGCGUGCAGUGACGUGUCGUUCGUCAGGUGGGGUAGUGAUGUCAGAGGAGCAGUGCGACCAAUCACUACGUCCACUGGCCAUCUAUCCCUGUGGGGACAGAAACUGCGCCCCACACUGGGUGGAACAAGAAUGGCAGCAGUGUAACGCCACCUGUGGCCGGGGUGUGCGGCAGCGUCAGGUGGUGUGUGCUGGCCUGGAAGGUGGUGUGUUCAAAGAGUUUCCAGACAGUAGCUGUGACCAAAAUAACAAACCAGAUACCAGCUCCUCCUGCUUCCAGAGACCCUGCUCCAAAUGGUUCACCACAUCCUGGUCCCAGUGCAGUAAGACCUGUGGGAGUGGUGUCCAGGUACGUGAAGUCAAGUGUUACCAGGGGGAGGAGCUGGUAACCAGGGGCCACAGCUGCGACUCAGCCCUCAAGCCAGAAGCCAGACAGAGCUGUGAGAUCCAGAGCUGUCCGACAGACGCCCCAGGUACAAAACCAGCAGCGGCUCCAGUAGCAUCUGUAGCGGUAGACGACUCCUGCCAAGAUAAGCCAACAGCCAACUGUGCCCUCGUCCUCAAAGUGAAACUUUGCUCCCAUUGGUACUACAGAAAGGCCUGCUGCCAGUCCUGUAAGGCACCAAGACCCUGA